CGCAGGCGCAACGAUUGUUGAUCUUCCAAAAGUACCAGUUCAUUUAAUGCAGGAUUAUUGAUUCAGAUUCAGCCGCAUCUGAGGAUGCAAUCGCCGUGUCAAACAUUCUACGCAUCCGAGCUUCUCGCACCUAACCUUUUAUCGCGCUUUUCGGAAUGUCCCAAUACGCCCUGCGGCGAACGCAGACAGACAUCUACUCUGGGAAUCCCCAGCGGCAACCCUCGGUAGCCUCAACAGUAUCGUCAGCCUAUUCUGCCGCAUCGAGUGCAUUCCCUCCGAGUCGAACGAGCACGGUGACGUCGACCAAUUCCAGCCUUUAUUCGAGGGCGUCUCCAAAUCACAAACGGGGAAUCAGUGAAGCUGGAGAAAUGACCCCAACGCGGUCAUAUAAAGGCCACAGCAGCGUUGAAAAUAGUCCCGACCACGUCUACCGAAAUGUCCGCCAAACAUUGCGACCUCUGCCGCAAGCACCGUCGCCCAACGCAACUCCACGACGCCCGAGCGGUAACCACGUUCGGGCGCAGACGCUCGAUCGAUUCCCCCAAAACCAUACUGAAGACAUCUUUGUCGACAAGCACUUGCACGAACAUCACUUUGAAUCGCAUCAUUCAAGGCCACACCUCCACCAUGCCGCUACCUCUCCGCAUGGCAAUACAUUCAAAGCGCCUGAUAUACAAGAAUUGCAAAAGUCAUCGACGUCACAUCUCAGAGCCUUGUCUAGAUUUGCACAAGAUGGAGACGCGGAAGAGUUUGGGAUCACAGCCGCGGGCCACUCGGUCGUCGGCUUACACAAUCGGAGGCAACUCAAACGAACUGAUUCUAUCGCUCCUGGUUCACGAGCAAAAGCUAAGAGCUAUGGCUGGGGAGACAGAAACUGGAUGGACAAACAGCGACAAUUUCUCCAGGCCUAUGAAUACCUCUGUCACAUAGGCGAAGCAAAGGAAUGGAUCGAGGACAUUAUUCACAAACCAAUCCCUCCGAUCGUGGAGCUAGAAGAGGGUCUGCGCAACGGUGUGACCCUCGCGGAGGUUGUCCAAGCAUUCCAUCCUGACCAUAAUCUCAAGAUCUUUCGGAACCCCAAGCUACAAUACAAACACUCGGACAAUAUCGUCAUGUUCUUCCGCUUUCUCGAAGAGGUCGGCUUGCCAGAUCUCUUCCGGUUUGAGCUUAUUGAUUUAUACGAGAAGAAAAACAUCCCGAAAGUCAUUUACUGUAUACACGCUCUGUCAUGGCUUCUUUACAGGAAAGGCAUGGUAGAUUUCCGUAUCGGCAACCUGGUUGGUCAACUCGAAUUUGAGCAUCACGAAUUGGAACAGACACAGCGUGGCUUGGAUAAAGCAGGCAUUAGUAUGCCGAGCUUCUCAGGUAUGGGUGCCAGUUUUGGUGCCGAACCAGAGCCAGAGCCGGUUGAGACGGAAGAUGAGCGCAUCGAACGCGAGUUGCAGGAGCAGGAAGCUGCCGUGGUUGAAUUUCAAGCCCAACUGAAAGGUGCACUGGUACGUCUACGGCUUGGGGAUAUGAUGCAGCAGCUGUGGGAUGCAGAAGAGGCUCUUGUCGACCUUCAGUCUCGUGUUCGUGGCGACUGGGCGAGACAAAUUGCAGGCUAUCGUUUGGACAUGCAGCGUUUCGCAAUAAAUCUUCAGGCCUCCUGCCGUGGGUAUCUAGCUCGGACCAGUCAACAGAAAAAGGAACAGCUUUGGAAGGCCCGCGAAAAGGAUGUGUUGAAACUGCAGAGUCUUUUCAGGGCUUCACGAGUCAGAGCAGAGGCGAGCCAGACAAAAUCUCAAACUCGCAAACAUGACGCAGGCAUACGCAGCCUUCAAGCCGCUAUUCGUGGUGCUCUCUCCAGAAGAGAUGUAAUUGAUCAAUAUGAAGAAACCAGGUCUUCUGAGAGGGAAGUCUUGCGGCUGCAAGCUGGAAUUAGGGGCAUGAUGCAACGACAACAAAUGAAGAGGAAUCAACACGCACUCGAUUUGCAGGCUCUUGCCAUCACAGAAUUACAAGCAAACGCAAGAUCAAUGAUCACCCGGCUUACACAGUCCAGGAUGCAUGAGUCUUUGCAAGAGUGGUCUAUCAACUGGACAACCCUGCAAGCCAAUGCUCGCGCCGGUCGAGUACGGGGACAUAUCGCACAGAUGAAGCAGAGGCUACGUGCGGAAAGUGCGUCUAUCAGCCGAUUCCAAGCUGCACUGAGGGGAGCCAAUGCCAGAGAAUCAUAUAGCUCAUUGCAACUUGCUCUGCUUCGACAAUCUCAAGCAGUCAUACCCCUGCAGGCUACGAUGCGCGGAUUCACCUUGCGUCAUCAGCUCCAGCAGCAGCGUGCGAACCUGGAACGACAUGUUCCCAAGCUGGUCCACUUGCAAUCAAUGGCUCGAGGAGCAAUUUCACGUUCACAGGUAGCUGAUCUCCUCAACUCACUGGAAGACACUGCCGAAAGUGUUAUUGAGCUACAAUCUUCUAUUCGCGCCAUGCUCUGUCGCAUUGGUGUGGCUAGUUUGCUAGGCGAUCUUGAUGUCCAUGACGGAGCAAUCACAGACUUGCAAGCCAUCAUCCGAGCAAGUGCUAUCCGUUCCAGAUUCCGAGAGAAACAACGCUUUUUCAAAGAGAACAUGGAAAAGGUCGUCAAGAUUCAGAGUGUUGUACGAGCAAAGAUACAAGGCAAAGCUUAUAAAAGCCUGACUUCCGGCAAGAAUCCCCCAGUAGGGACACUCAAAGGUUUCGUCCACCUUCUAAACGAUAGUGAUUUUGACUUCGAAGAGGAGGUAGAGUUUGAACGACUCCGCAAAACUGUUGUGCAGCAUGUCCGACAAAACGAGUUGGCCGACCAAUAUAUUACACAGCUGGACAUCAAGAUUGCUCUCCUCGUCAAGAACAAAAUCACUCUGGAUGAGGUUGUGAAGCACCAGAGACACUUCGGUGGUCAUGUUGGUGCACUACUUCCCAAUUCUGAUAUUGCAUCGAAAGACCCAUUCGAUUUGAAAGCACUCAACAAGACUUCUCGACGAAAGCUGGAACAUUAUCAAGAACUCUUCUUCCUGCUUCAGACUCAACCCCAGUAUUUGGCACGGCUCUUUAGACGCAUAAGAGAGCAGGCAACCGCUGAAAAAGAAUGCGAUCGCAUCAAACAUCUUGUGAUGGGGCUAUUCGGCUAUGCUCAAAAGCGAAGAGAGGAAUAUUACCUUGUCAAGCUAAUCGUGCGUUCCAUCAAAGAAGAGGUCGAUUGCUCGAUGUCACUUCAGGAUUACCUGAGGACAAAUUCCUUUUCCAACAAACUCUUCAGUGGAUACAGCAAAUCGCCAAGAGACCGCAAGUUUUUGAGAGAUAUCUUGGGCCCCUUAGUGAAAGAGAACAUCAUCGACAACGCAUCUCUCGAUCUGGAGAGUGACCCAUUGCAGAUAUACUUGUCAGCCAUUAACAAUGAGGAACUAAGAACAGGCCGACGAAGCCAGAGAGAUCCAAAUGUUCCACGGGAAGUUGCCAUUCGCGAUCCAGAAACCCGAGCAACAUUCAUUGCCCAUAUGCAGGAUCUUAGGGACAUUACUGACCAGUUCUUCCUCUGUAUCGAAGACUGUCUGCACCGUAUGCCUUUUGGAGUCCGCUUUGUUGUCCAGCAAACACACGAACACCUCCAUGCUCGAUUCCCUGGCGAAGACCACGAAUUCGUGCUUCAACUCGUGGGACAAUGGCUAUGGCGUACAUAUUUACAACCUGCUCUUCUCGAGCCAGAAAAAUUUGGUGUUGCAGAUCGUGCAAUGACCCAAGAACAAAAGCGUAACCUCGGGGAAAUAGCCAAGGUAUUGAACCAGGCGGCGUCAGGUCGUGAGUUUGGAGGGGACAAUGUGUAUCUCCAGCCAUUGAACAAUUACAUCCGCGAAUCCAUUGAUCGAUUUGCGACGAUCUGGCGACAUGUCAUAUCCAUCCCGUCCGCAGAAGAACACUACGACAUCGACGAGUUCAACGACCUCUAUGCUAAGACGAAGCCUACACUGUACAUCAAGAUGGCCGACAUAUUUUCAAUUCACAAAUUGCUCACCCAGGAGAUCAGUCUCAUCUGCCCCAACCAAGAUGAUGUCCUUCGUGACACUCUUCGAGAGCUGGGUAGUGUCCAAAGCAGUGAAAGCGAAUUGAAGGGUGUCAGUUCCAGUGAAAUCAGUCUGACAUUGAAUCCUAAAUUCCUCAACGCUGAAGAUCCUGAUGCAGAUGUCAAGGCCCUCUUCACCGAAACGAAGCGAUGUGUUCUCUACAUUAUUCGUAUUCAGUCCGGCUCGAGUCUGCUUGAGAUUCUGGUGAAACCUAUCAGCCCCGGAAAUGAGGAGAAAUGGGAGGCCCUUGUUCGAGAUGAACUUCAAUCUGGGAACGGGCGACGGGGUGCUUAUGCUGACGCCAGCACGCACCUGGAUAUAUCCACCUUGACAUAUCCGGACCUCAAACGCAUUGCUCUGGAAAAUGUUCUCCAACUCGAAUCAAUAGGCCGGCUGACUCGAGCCAACCAGUACCAGGAUCUGCUCAAUACUAUUGCUGUUGACAUCCGGACCAAACACCGCCGCAGGUUGCAACGGCAAAGGGAACUCGAAAAUGUGAAAACCACUUUGGCACGGCUUAACGAGCAAGCAGUGUAUCUUGAGCAACAGCUCAAGACGUACAAUGACUAUAUCGAACAGGCCAUGGUGACACUACAGAACAAGAAAGGGAAGAAACGUUUCGUCAUGCCCUUCACGAAGCAAUGGGAUCACGAAAGAGAGUUGCAACGAUCCGGGCGCUCUUUUAAAUUCGGUUCAUACAAGUACUCGGCACGAACGUUACACAACAAAGGAGUGUUGGUCGAGUGGCGAGGAUAUCACGAGUCUCAAUGGGACCGGGUUGAUCUCACUGUCUCUUCCAACGAGGUCGGUGUCUUCACCAUUGACGGCAGUUCAGGUAACAUGAUGAUCCCUGGAGCAAACGCGCAAGUACCGCUGGACGAUCUCUUGCAAGCACAAUUCAACAACACACAGUUUAUGGAGUUUUUUGAGGGGGCGCUCCGGGUUAAUGUCAACUUAUUCCUGCAUUUAAUUAUGAAGAAAUUUUAUAAUGAAUGAGCCACGAACCACAAUGAAGGCAUUUGGAGCAGGGAAGCCAGUUGGAGAGGUGCGACGACUAGGACAGGAUGAUAGUUGCCUCGCUCGAAAGCUAG